AUGCAAGGUGACACUUCUGUGAGGCGUCAACUAAAGUUUGGCACGACUAAAGGGGGAAAUUUACUGGGCAAGUGCACUCAGGAGGGACUUCUCGACGGUACUGUCCCGCUUGUUCUGUACACUGCCGGCGAAGGUCUGGAGGUGAGUUGUGAGAGCGAGGUCGUGCAGGACGACUGGGCAAACAUCUAUGAAUAUGCAGACAAGAAGCUACGUUACUCACAGUUACGACGAGACCUCCUGGCGCAGGAGGGGGAGGUGGAACGACUGUACCAGGACAAGACCAGACACUUAUUGUUGAAAGAAAAGGUUGAGGAGGUGAAGGAGCGAGUGGCCUUGCUACGGUUGGUUGUGCAUGCCACCAAGCAGAAUACCUCAUAUGUGAAAACCCAGAGUGCUGAGGUGUCCAACACUAAUGCUCUGCGGCGCCACCAGCUACCAACCUUCCGUCAAAGACUGCUUAAGAUAAGAAAGAUUUUACUUCAGUACCAAGAUAAGAUUCGGGACAAGAGAGAACAGCUGGUCAUCAGGGAAGCUCAGCUGAAGGGAGUCAUCCGACGGAGCAUACACCAACUUACACGUUAUAUCUUUCCCAUCACUGAAGUGAAGCCAGCCAGAAGUAUGGAUACAGAUCCUGAGCACCUAGAUACAGUGUCUGCAAUUGCUGAAGCUUCCCAGACAACGUAUGUUCGUGGCAGAUGGGUUUACACAGACACAUCGCAUGAAACACAGUACCGCAUCGUCCAUCCCUUGUUGCCUGGAUCAGGUGACUAUUCUGCCUACAAUCUUAUGUUAAUGAACAGAGGAGGUGAAGGUGAAGUCAGUGGAGACAUUCUUAUGCGGUCAGAAGGUUUUAGUGUAUGUGCCGGCCUUACUUACCUCGCCCAACUUGUCAACACCUUGGCUUUUUACCUAGAUGUUACUCUACCAAAAAAAUUGUGUUAUAGUGAAUUUUGCAGAAAAAUGGUUGAGCGAGCAAAAGUUUGCAAGAGUGUAGCAAGAUUAAAUACAAAAGUUUUGUAUUUGUGUUUGUCCCAAAAUGUUCCCGCAAAUUACUCGGCCAAUCACACAACCCCAAACCCUUUUAGCCUUUUGACAACAGUGGCUGACCCAGGAAAGAAAGGGGGUUUUUAGAUUGCCCGGGCCUGUGGAAGUAUGGAAGAAGGAGCUCAAGAGGAAAAACCAGAAGGCUUGAUUUUGAAAAGGGAAAGGGCACAAAACCUGUUGCUGAGUGGGAAAAACCCUAAGUGA